ACUAGCUGACAUGCUUCCGUGCACUUCACCCGUAGUACAAUAGCCUAUUAUAACAGAACUAUAAUUUACAGCCUGGACACCACCUUGGCACACAUAUUUUAUAUUGAACCAAUAGAAAACGACCCGCAGCGUAGACCAAGGGUGCGCAGAAAACGUCGUGUUUAGUCACUCUAUCAGUACUGACAAUCACACUGUGUCCUAAGACUUCUGACAAUAAUACGUCAAAGAUGCAAGAAACGAGACGCACUGUGCUAGCGUUUGGUGGAAACGGCUGUCUAGGUGCAGCUGCUGUCCGUUGUAUACUGGGUAAGGCUGUGGAUGGUGGGGCGUUGCCUGAUAUCACCAUUGUAAAUAGGGGAAACUGGUAUUGGGACACGGCAACAUCUGUUAAACCGCACGUCAGACACAUAGAAUGGGAUAGGACACGGCCUUUGGAGGACUGCCCUCGCUUUAUGGAAUAUCUCUCCCAAGUGAAAUCACUCGACGCUGUGAUCGAUUUUAGCGCUUGCCGUCCCCGUCAGAUUGAAAACGCAGUCAGUUUGCUGAAAGGAAAGGCUAAAUUAUACAUCUACAUUUCCUCCGAUUCUGUUUACGAGGUCUCCGCUGUGAAGGAGCACGACGGCCCCUCGAGGGAGACAGACGCCGUCCGACCCGAGGCUGAAGACGAAGCCAAGCGUCUAGCCGAAGCAGACGAUUAUGGCAAUCGAAAAUUGCAGUGCGAAGAAGAACUAGUGAAGCAGAGAUCCUCGACAGACGGUCCGGGAAUUCCGUAUAUUUUCCUUCGUCUUCCUGAUGUGAUAGGCUUAGGUGAGAAUACCUACCGGUGGUGGGUGUAUCAGCUUUGGAUUCGACUGGGAGAGUAUAUUUCCCGCCCCGUUACCGUGCCCGACUUUCUUCAUACGCGACAAAUCAGUUUGGUCUAUUCCGAAGACGUUGGGAAAGUGGUCGCCGACAUAAUCAACAUGAAAAUACCACGCGACCAAAUUAUAGACCAAGCGUUCAAUCUAGCGUCCGAUGUAAAUAUGACACUACCGACCCUACUGCGGGACAUAUCCCUUGAGCUUGGGUUGGGGGAUAAGCCGUAUGAAAUCGUGGCUGAAAAAUCUCCCGAGGGAGCCUUACCGGGUGUGGAGCGUAUCCUGAAUAAAUACAUGACUAAUCUAGGAUACGGAGAGCUUGCGACUUUGGACGAAACACCGUCUUCCACGUAUGUAUUCCCUUCAGUACACAGGGGCCCGGUGGAUAUAUCCAAAGCUAAGAAAUUGCUUGCUUUUCGCCCAACUCCUUGGAGGGAAGCACUCGCCGAUAUCGUGACAUUUUAUGAAAAUGCCAUGCGAGACGAUUCUUUUGCCACGCGACAAGACUUCAUCGAGACCAUGCUAAGAGAGGUAGCGAAGAACGACAAAGAGGCGUUUUACAGGGGAUUGGCAGAAAUCUAUGGAUUUAAAGCACCUCAAGACGAAUAGUAAAUGGAUUUAUCAUUCAAAAACUGCUUUAUGCUUCGAAAUUUCUUCCUUAGAAACGGGCAUAGGUGUAAUUAUUAAAGUUGUAAUGUUUUUGAAUUUUAAGUUCAUCAUCAUAUUAUACACAAACCAAUAUGUGGAGCGCGUUUAUAAAUAUUAUUGUUAUUAUUAUUAAAGUCCAGUAAAAAAAUUCUAAUUUAGAGAACUGCAAUGCUCCCGGAAUUACACGUUGCGGUAGUUGAGACGAUCUUUAAACUUACAUCCUGCUGCUUAAUGUAGUUGUUUUAGUUGCGUUACUGAGCCACUGGCGUGUCAAACCCAUUCUGGCCCUAACACGCCAUCCGAGUGAAUAAUAUACGCAUCGUAAAAAGUAAACAUGUACCUGUUUGUCUGGUUGAACAGAUAAAAACAUGAUCUGUGUAUAAGGGGAUGCGAUUUCCUUAAACGAGCACGGUCGUAAUGCACUUGUACGUGGGUCCUGGACGUA